GGAGCACAUCUAGACACCUUCAUGAGUACCUGGGUUAAUAUGGAAAUACCGAGGACAGACUACAAACUCCGAUCUGUGCAUGCAAUCUUUUUACUUCUGGUGGUCAGUUCAGUAUUACUUGGGUUUAGUUACCUCAAUGAGAUGUAUCAAAGGAUCCAACUUCAGGAAAUGAUGGAAAGACAAGCAAAACAUAUUGAAGCAGAGAGAUCGAUUAUAGAACACAAGGCAACUCUAUUACAAGCACACAUAGAAAAUAGGAAUAACGAGAUGAAGAGGCUGAAAGAUGUGCAUGCAUUUCAACUAGAGAAGCAAAAUUCAAUCUGUGAACAAGAAAGGAACAAUCUACUACAGACUAUUUCAUCAAAGAAUUAUACAUUAACUGAAGUGCAAACUGGAUACAAACAUUUGAAGCGGCAUUUUGAACAUCUUCAGUCUGUAAUGGCGCAGUUUGAAAAGAAUCAAUCACGACUUCUGGAAAAAUUUUCAACUCAGUCGACUCAGUGUAUGAAUGUCAUUAAUAUGAUAAGUAAGCUGUGUAAUAAAGACAAAGUGAUCCGAAAAAUAGCACAAGUUACAAAGCAAAAUGAAACACAAUCAAGCAAAACUGAAAAGAAAAAAAACACAGGACUAUUAAAUACCACUACACCUACAAAGGACACCACAAUGGACUCAGGUAAUGAAACACAAAGUCUGAAGGCCAUGCAGGAAUUACAAGAAUUGUUUUCAGAACUAAACAAGACAAAUGGUAUGAGAGAUAAUGAAGAAGAGAUUAUGAAACUGGAGGACACAAGGAAUCAGGCAGAAAAGUACAUCUCUAAAUUGCAAGCCGAAGAGGGCAGAAAUAAUAAUGAAACAUCUGAUGAAGAAGACCUAUCUAAUAAUAUGCUAAUACAAGAACAGCAAACAGGAAGUAAUGAAAAACCUCCUGCUCUAAAGGAGACUUCAAAGUCUGAAAAACCUAACCAAAGUAAGACUAAGAAAGUCAAUAAUUCUUACUAUCCCAUGUUACUAUCAAAAGAUAAAAGUCUACAAUUGACAAAUCGAAACGACAUAAGAACAGAUGAAGAAGUUACUGAUAAACCAUUAGAAGACAUUACAGUGGGCGAAGAUAAUGUUAUAAGUGAGGACAAUGCAUAUAGCACAGAAAACAAUCUGGACGUUCAAAAAAAGAAAAUAAAGAAACUAGAUGAGUAUAUUAAUAAAGCAAAAGGAGAAUCUGAGUAUGAACAUCAAAGAUUAACAAAAGGUUUGGAAUUGAAUGACCAAGAAAUCUUAGAGAUAAUGUCAUAAAACAAAUAGAGGGACAGGAGGCUGCCAUAGAUUUAAAGGGAACCUGUCACCAGUUUUAUGGUGUCCUAACUAAGGGCAACAUAAAUAAGUGACUGAUUCUCUUCAAAAUGCUGGGUCACUUUCUUUAAUUGACCCAGUCAAU